UCUUCCGCAACAUCCCCAUUCCUAUAAAGAACCCUCUCACAUACCCAUUCUUUACCUCUCACUCUCUCUCUCUCUCUCUCUCUCUCUCUCACUCUCUUUUUCUUGUGCCUUUCUGGUUAAAAACAUAUUAUUAUAGAUUAUAGGUGCAUGUAUGUAAAUAUCUCCAUAUUCAACAACUCAAGGAAGAAAAUCUUGAUCUUGAAUUUGGGUUUGGAUUAGAAAUUUGAAUUGAAGGGUGGAUUUUUCUUUCAUUUGUAUUUGUUUGAGUUUAGAGAAGAGAAAGAAGAUAUGGAGAAACUCAACUUUGUGAAAAAUGGUGAAAUUAAAUUGCCUCCUGGAUUUCGGUUCCAUCCUACAGAUGAAGAGCUCGUGGUGCAAUACUUGAAUCGAAAAGUCUUAUCCUAUCCUUUGCCAGCUUCUAUUAUACCAGAGGUUGAUGUUUGUAACUGUGAUCCAUGGGAUUUGCCAGGUGAUACAGAGCAAGAUAGGUACUUUUUCAGCACUAGAGAGGUUAAGUACCCGAAUGGAAAUGGGAACAGAUCAAACCGGGCAACUGGUUCCGGCUACUGGAAGGCAACUGGAUUAGAUAAACAAAUUGUGAGUCCCCGGAGCCGCCAGGUUGUCGGGAUGAAAAAAACUCUCGUUUUCUACAGAGGAAAGCCGCCGACAGGCUGCCGAACUGAUUGGAUUAUGCACGAAUAUCGCCUUGUCAAUUCUCAAAACACAGCCACAACUGCCCCACAGGCCAAAAGUUUAGCACAUGAAAACUGGGUUCUCUGCCGAAUAUUUUUGAAGAGGAGAAACAAUAAAAACGAGCAACCACAAAAUGGCGACAGAAGUGCCAUUUCUGGGAAUACUAGGAUUAUCUUUCAUGAUUUUAUGGCCAAGGAUAGGAUUGAUUUGAAUCUUGUUCCAGCUACGUUGUCUUCGGGUUCUAGUGGGAUUACAGAGAUUUCGACUAAUAAUGAAUCAGAUGAUCAUGAAGAAAGCAGUAGCCUGAAUAGUUGUACCUCUGUCAAAAGGAAAUCAUAUCCUUAAUUGAAUGUAUUAUCUUACUAAUUAGCUUUCUGGAAACUAAAUCCCAUCAAAAUAACUAGUUCACAGAUGUAAUUCUCUCAGCCAACGUCUUAUCACACACAUCCAAUUGUUUGUAAUUUUGAAAAAUUAUACUGUUUCACCAUG